GACAAACGUCGCGAGCUCAGUGUGUUGUGAAACUCGCUAGAGCAGAGGUGUGCUGGAUCCUACCUUUCCGUCUGUCAACACGUAUCUUUUUUUCGACGUUAGGGGGAGCAUAAACCCUGGUGUUUGAGUUAUCUCGUGGAGCAAGAACAGCAUGAGUAUGGCUGGGGAGUGUGGGCGGCUGGUGCGGCGAGCACUGGUGGGCGGUGGGAGUGCUUGGAGCAGGUGGUUGGUCACUGCGACACCUCAAUUGCCUGCGGCAGAUGGCCGCCUCCUACCGCAGGCGGCUUUACUCAGCUGUGCUCACAAGACCUAUAGCACUGUACCCCAACAGCAGCCAGACUGGAAUCGGGCAGUUAGCGAUGCAGAGAAGAUUGUCGGCUACCCAACUUCUUACUUAACCCUGCGCUCCCUGCUGUCUGAUGAGAUGUCCAAUAUUGCUGUCCACAUGAGAAAGCUUGUAGGUUCCUCCCACCCACUGCUGAAAACUGCAAAACGACUUAUCUACAAUGGGCGCAACAACAUGCAGACACGAGGGCUCAUUGUUUUACUCAUUUCAAAAGCAGCUGGACACCUCAACCCAGAGGAACUAGAGCAGGAUCAGCCAGCAGGGGUCUCUAUUAGCCAGCGGAGUUUAGCAGAGAUUACAGAGAUGAUUCACACAGCACACCUAAUCCAUAAAGGAGUAGUUAACCUCUCCCCAAAAGUAUUUGAUGGUACCACACUCCAAGAUAUGGAAUUUGGUAACAAAAUUGCCAUUUUGUCCGGAGAUUAUCUUCUGGCAAAUGCCUGUACUGGCUUAGCUGGACUCAGAAACACAAUGGUAGUAGAGCUCAUCAGUACUGCCAUCAGUGACUUCAUGGAGGCUGAAUUUAUUGGAGAGCGUGAUAAUCAGGGUAACCCAGUUCCUGAUGCCACUAUCAACAUGCAUGAUUGGGAGGAGAAGAACUAUUUGGCUGCUGGAAGCUUAAUGGCAAAGUCAUGUCAAGCAGCACUGGUGCUGGCUGGCCAUAGUGAGGAAAUGCAGCGAAAAGGUUUUGAGUUUGGCAAAGAGAUUGCCCUUGCUUGGCAGGCUUACAGUGAUCUACAGCCCUUCACUGACUUGUACCGUCAUCCUCCUGGUACAGCCAUUGAUCUGACCUCUGCUCCAGUCAUUCUCCACCUACAGCAUGAUCUCUCGCUGCUGGAUCUUGUCAAUGCUGCUGGACGCUCUAUGGAAAAUUGUGAUUUCAAGAAGAUUCACAACAUGAUUAUGGCAGGGAGAGGUGUACAAGAAGCCAAAGACCUGUGCCAGUCUCAUGCUCAGGCAGCACUCGAUGUUCUGCAGGACGUGAUUGAGCCCUCUGACGCUCGUACUGCCCUGGAAAACAUUAUCAAUGCAUUAAGAAUCUACUAGAUGUUUGGCAAAAUAGCUGUUAUCGUGGACUAUAAAGGGUAGUUAUACCUGUAUAUAUACUGUAUAUAAUGCAGAGUAAAAGAUCAGUUACCAUUCUUCUAGAUGCUAUGAAAUGUGCAGACAGCACGAGAUUCUCUUGCUUAUAUGUACAAGCAUUGGAACUUUUUAUGCGAACUUUUGUUUUAUUUUAGCUUUUAAAUUACUUUGGGCACAAAUACUCAGUUAAAUACUCACAAUUAAUUUUUAUUCUCUAUUUUUAAAACUAUUAAUUAUUUAUAUGUAAACCUGGGAAUGCAUUUAUUCUUCACUUUUUACGGAAAAAAUUAUGAUUUCUCUUACCGAUGUAACUAUGAACUUUAACAGAUGUACAUUAGCCAUAUAUUGACAGUUGCAUAAAAUGCUAGAAAAUAUGAACAUAAAUGUCGAUGUAUUCAUAAAAAAAUGUAAAGUAUGUGUAUAUAGACUAACUCUUUAAAAAUAACAUUUUUAUAUACAGUACAGGUAGUUGGUUGGUAAACAAAGGUUUCACUUGGUAUAUAUUAACAUGUAACUCUUAGGUGUUCAGAGAAAAACAGUUUGAGACUGUAUGGUAAACACACUUUGUUCCAAGGUCUUUCAAUUACAGUACCAGGAUUAAUAUUAAAGAUUACCUUGAGGUGGUUCCGGGGCUUAGCGUCCCCGCGGCCCGGUCGUCAACCAGGCCUCCUCGUUGCUGGACUGGUCAACCAGGCUGUUGGACGCAGCCUAAUGUAUGAAUCACAGCCUGGUUAAUCAGGUAUACUUGGAGGUGCUUAUCAACCUCAACCUUAUCAAGAUGCUAUUAACUGUAAUAUUUAUGGAGCAACUGGGAUCCGAGAUCUAGGCUACACAUUCUAGGUUACUCUUACCUUUACUAAUUACUGAAUAGAGAAGUCCAGAAUUUGUGGUUUCUUAGCAUUAGUUUACUGUGCAAAAAAAUGGUAAGUAUUUCAUUGCCUUUAUACUUCAUUGCAGUUAUUACUGGUAAGGAACAAAUCAAAUCUUAUUGUAGGUACUGUAGACAAUUGGAGCAUUGAUUACAUGGAUAUAGGCAGAUUAACAAUUUACAUUGCCAUAUAUUUGUGUUUAGUAAUCAAAAUUAUAGCAUUAUUUAUCCUUUUUAUUAAAAUUGUUAUAAAUUUAUUUUAUUAAAAAGCUUGUGUAAAAUACUUUAUUGCAAAAACAUGUAUAUUUAAAAAGCAUUAAAGUAUUGCUUUUU